UUCUUCCCCUCUCAUUUUCAGAGAGAGAAAAAAAAAAAAAAAAAAAGAAACCGGAGAGAGAACAAAUAUGUACGGAUACGAGCGCGUGAACAGCACGAGCGGCGGCAAGGCGGAUCAGAUAGAUCUAGAGUCAGGGGAGACUCUGUACCCCGGGCUCAGCUACGGUGAGAACCAGCUCCGAUGGGGCUUUAUACGUAAGGUUUACGGCAUCGUGGCGGCACAGCUGGUGCUGACCACCGUGGUCUCCGCCUUCGUUGUGUUGUCGGCUCCGGUCAACGAUCUCCUCCGUGGAAACUCUGGCCUCUUGCUCUUCCUCUGUUUAAUCCCCUUCAUCUUGUUGUGGCCCUUGCAUGUCUAUCACCAAAAGCACCCUGUGAACUUGGUUAUCCUUGGCCUUUUUACUGUGUCACUAAGUCUCACAGUUGGUGUGAGCUGUGCUAAUACUGAUGGAAGAAUUGUGCUGGAAGCACUAAUUUUGACAGCAGCUGUGGUUGCAUCUCUUACUGGCUACACUUUCUGGGCAUCUAAGAAGGGCAAGGACUUCAGCUAUCUUGGGCCAAUUUUGUUCACCAGCCUUAUUGUCCUCAUCCUAACCGGUCUAAUCCAGAUGUUCUUCCCGCUCGGCCCAACAUCUACUGCUGUCUACGGUGGAAUUAGUGCUUUGAUUUUCUGUGGAUACAUCAUCUAUGACACUGACAACCUGAUCAAGCGCUUCACUUAUGAUGACUACAUAUUGGCCUCCGCCACACUCUAUUUGGACAUCCUUAACUUGUUCAUUUCCAUUCUGCGGGUUUUGAGAUCUGGGGAUAAUUAGUUGCACAAUCUUUCAUUCAACGUGGUGGGGUUGGCAAGAAAUUGAUGUAUGGUGGUUGAAUUAUUGUGUGAAGAAUAGGUAAACUAUUAUUGUCUACAUAAGUAUGUUUUUCCUUGUUGUUUUUUACCAGCACUAAGAUGGCUGCCCCAAUUUGCAAUUUCUCUAACCCGGAUCAGUUGUGAUACGAGGAUGCAUAAUUGGAAUUAUCCCAACUUUAUGAUUGCUUCUCUUGUUCAAUAUAGUCAUCUUAUUUUCUUAAUAAAUUUUGCUCAUGAAGCUGCUUUGUGAA